AUGCAGCACAUUGGACAGGAUGAUAUUCAGAAACACCCCAAAGAAAAACUGAAAAAUGUAAACACCGGCUUUAUUAAAAGAAACAGCUGUGUCGGGAAAUCUUCGCUUGUCCACCUCCUGUGCCAAAACCAGGUGUUGGGAAACCCGUCCUGGACGGUGGGCUGCUCGGUGGAUGUGCGAAUCCAUGACUACAAAGAAGGGACUCCGGAAGAGAAGACAUAUUACAUUGAGCUGUGGGAUGUUGGAGGCUCAGUGGGUAGUGCCAGCAGCGUGAAAAGCACACGAGCAGUAUUUUAUAACAUGCUGAAUGGGAUCAUUUUAGUGCAUGACUUGACCAACAAGAAAUCAUCCCAGAAUUUAUAUCGCUGGUCUUUGGAAGCACUCAACAGAGAUGUGGCUCCAACAGGAGUUCUUGUGACAAACGGUGACUAUGACCGUGAACAGUUUGCUGAUAACCAGAUUCCACUGCUGGUAAUAGGAACGAAGCUGGAUCAGAUCCCAGAAACAAAGCGGAAUGAAGUUUUGACCAGAACAGCUUUCUUGGCUGAGGAUUUCAAUGCUGAAGAGAUAAAUUUGGAUUGCACCAAUCCUCGUUACUUGGCUGCAGGUUCAUCCAAUGCUGUCAAGCUAAGCAGGUUUUUUGAUAAGGUCAUAGAGAAGAGAUACUUCUUAAGAGAUGGCAAUCAGAUUCCUGGCUUCCCUGAAAGGAAGAGGUUUGGAGGGGGAACGCUGAAGAGCCUUCAUUAUGACUAAAUGCUGAAGAAUUGGAAGAUGACUUCUCUGAGUUCCUGAGGACAUUUACAUUCCAACUGGAUGCUUAAAGACAAUAAUGCUACGUCAAGCAGAGUGAAAUGAUACUAUGCUUUGGCCA